AUGUCACAUCUCCUCAUCCUUCUCUCCCUCUCCCUCUGCAUACCCACUAUAACGGCUCAACUCACGCCUUCACCCACUUACACCCCUCCGACCGCAUCAGCAGGUCUAGCCUCUUCCACUGCCACCCCCAACACACAAUGGUCGAACAUACUCGGUAACUCAUUGUACUUUUACGAUGCACAGCGGUCAGGUAGACUGAGCGAAGGAUCGUAUGCGAAUAGAGUAGCAUGGAGGAACGAUAGUGCCCUUCAAGAUGGGGAGGAUUAUGGAUUGGACUUGAUAGGAGGGUUUUACGAUGCGGGGGACUAUAUUAAAGCGACUUUUCCUCUGACAUUUACUCUUUUCGCUUUGGCUUGGGGGGCUCUUACGCACGGAGAAGGAUACGACCAAGCUCAGCAGACGGCUUAUCUCGAUGGUACACUUAGAUGGGGGUAUGACUGGCUGAUUAAGGCUCAUCCGUCCGAUGAUGUUCUGUUCGUGCAAGUUGGUUCUGGUGAUGUGGACAAUGCGUACUGGGGCGGCGAUGAGAACAUACCGACACCUCGACCGGCAUACCCCGUUAAUUCCUCUGCUCCCGGCACCGACGCAUGGUCCUCAGCAGCAGCAGCCUUUGCGCUUGGCUCGAUGCUAUAUACACCUUCCAUAUCCUACAACCUGACCUCCUCAUCUUCUCCACCUAUCUCACCAUCACUGGGAAAUUCCACUUACUCCUCUCUUCUCCUCUCGCACGCUAGGUCGUUGUAUGACGUUGCCAACUCUACAAGCCCAAAGUCGACUUACUAUGAAAGUCUAGGGGAAGAGGUCGCAGCAUACGCUUCAUCGAACUGGCAAGAUGACUAUGUAUUAUCUGCCUUAUCCUUGGCUAUAGCUACCAACCAAUCGGAUUAUUACCUAGAUGCCUAUAAUGGGUAUGUCGGAUAUGCUUUAUCGGGCCUGAAGGAAGUAUGGAAUUGGGAUUCAGCGAUACCCGCCAUAUAUGUCAUGUUCAGUGAAGUGGCCAUUACCCGACCUGGAUUGGCUUUGGAAGUAGGGUUAGAUACAAACUUGACGGGCUGGAGGAACGAGACGGAAGCCUAUUUCGAUAGUAUCCUCGAUGGGAGUUUCAAGAGGAGUUAUCUGACUAAAGGCGGUCUACUCUACUUUGACGGGGAUUCGGAUGAAGCUUCACUCAACCCUGCAAUGGCUAUCGCGAUGUUGAUGUUCAGAUAUGCGCCUAUUGCUUCGAGCCAAGAGAAAACAGAUCAGUAUAACGCUUUCGCUCAUGGCCAGCUGGAGUACAUGUUAGGUAACAACCCAAUGAAUGCUGUGUAUCUGGUCGGAUCCCAUCCCAACUCACCCCAAAAUCCUCACUCGGCUCCAGCGUCGGGAGGAACCGAUAUCUUACAUAUAAGAGAUUCACCACCUACUGAGGCUUAUGUAUUAUAUGGAGCGAUGGUCGGAGGACCUCUGGAUAAUGAUAGAUUCUGGGAUUGGAGGGACGAUUGGGUGCAGACUGAAAUAGCAUUGGAUUAUAAUGCUAUGAUACCUACUCUGGCUGCAAUGCAGCUCGUCAAUCAAACUUCCGACCCAUACUACGUCCAAGUUCAAGCUGGUACAUACUCAAUACCCUCGGGGCAACCUUGUGACCCAGCCCUACCUUGCGGAGGAGGCUUGUCCAAAGGUGCCAAAGCAGGUAUCGCCGUUGGCGUUAUAUUUGGCGUAUUGUUCAUACUGGCUGGUAUAUUCUAUUGGAAGAGGAAACAGAUGGCGAGGUGGUGGAGAAAGGGUUAUAGAAGGUAG